UUUGUUUCAGCCUACAUCCACAAAGAGCACAGCUUUGCACAUUCCCUGAAGCGUGCGGUCGUGGAGCAGCACGCGCCCUACUGGGAGCAGCCCUUCUCGCAGCCCUACUUCGACAACAACACGCGCCGCGAGACGACGACCACGGUGGGCCAGAGCGCCUACCUGCACUGCCGCGUGCGCAACCUGGGAGACCGCGCCGUCUCGUGGAUCCGCAAGCGCGACCUGCACAUCCUCACCGUCGGCAUCCUGACCUACACCAACGACCAGCGCUUCCAGUCGCUGCACGCCGACGGCUCCGACGAGUGGACGCUCAAGGUCGGCUCGCCGCAGCUGCGCGACUCGGGCACCUACGAGUGCCAGGUCAGCACCGAGCCCAAGAUCAGCCAGGCCUUCAAGCUCAACGUCGUCGUGUCCAAGGCGAAGAUCCUGGGCAACUCGGAGCUGUACAUCCGCAGCGGCUCGGACAUCAACCUGACGUGCGUGGUGCUGGAGACGCCGGAGCCGCCGUCGUUCAUCUACUGGUACCAGGGCGGGCAGGUCAUCAACUACUCGCAGCGCGGCGGCAUCAGCGUCGUCACAGAGAAGCAGACGCGCACCUCCCGGCUCGUCAUCGCUCGCGCCGGCCCGCACGACUCGGGCAACUACACGUGCAGCCCCUCCUCCUCGGACUCCGCCUCCGUCUUCGUGCACGUGCUCAACGGGGAACACCCAGCAGCCAUGCAGCACGGCAACAGCAGUAGCGGCGGGGCGGCCGCUGCGGCGGCUGCUGCGAGCGCGCUGCACUCGCUGCUUGUGGCGGCCCUCGUGCUGGCGGUGGUGGGGCGCGCGCCGCUCGGCCCCGGUGGCAGGUGAUGCGCUCCGCCCGCAGCCAGACAGUGCCUUAAGCAGCUGGCGGACGCAGAAGCUGCGGCUGCCUCGACACAGUGAGGGCGACGCUGCUCUGCCUGUUCAGGAUCCAGGAGUGGACGGUGGUCAUAAUCACAGUGGUCUCGCCGUCAUACACCUAACUUGUAAAGUAACAAGAUGCAAUAAAUAAAUGACUUGCGGAAAACGGACCGACGUAGUGAGAGGUGUAAAGUGGUCAGUGCUUAGUGACGAGUCAUGCCACUAACGUGGACUGAUUUUGUUUCAGCAUUUUCUAGUCAGUGACAGUUUCCAUUUCCAUUUCACACUCUAUAAUAAACAGCACUAAGAGAACUGCAUUGGCUAUUGGCACGGCUGUACUACAAUACGUACGGACAUUUCAAAAUCUUCUUCAGUUCUUGGAGGUCUAUUGUUAGAUCAUCGCGUCCAUACGAUGCUUGGGUUGUGUAAUGAAUGAAAAAUUGGAAAGUGAACUCCUGUAAUUCGUUCUGUUGUAUGGAGGUGCAAGUUCCGUCAGUAAGAACUGCUUAACACUGCACGAAGAAACGAAAGCGAAAUAUUUCAUCUGUCAUAAAACACUGUGUAUAUCUCCAUCUAUAAAUUAAUUAAUAUCAACAGUACAUCUUCUGUGAAUGCAAGGGGUAUAGAAGGGCGCUGUACCCACAACAGUGUUUCCUAACAGUGCGUCAACGAAAUCUAUGACGCAGCAUCAGCUGGUAUGAUUACACACACCGAAAAAGUUCUCAAACUGUAGUUGCAUAAGACUUUGGCGUGAAUCCACAUCAAAAAGUUUGAGAUCAUAAAAUAUCAGAACGAAGAAAUUCUAUUUCUUCUAUAAACUGUGAAUAAUCUGACUUCUGCAGGUCAUACACGGAGAAAGUGGAUCUUUGAGACCAGUUGCUAUGGGUGCAAACAACGAGUGCACUCGUGAUGCGAUUCUUCAAGACACUUUCCAAUAGUGACACUUGCCACACAUACCAGGCGCACUGUCAAAAUCUCUGUUGAAAAGUGGAUGUUCGUUAGAUUUAGAUGAAGGUCACGGUAUUACUGUCGAAACGACCAUAUGCUACUCUCACAUUUCGUGGAAAUAUUCGCACUGUACCUACAUAUUUCUCUCAGGUUUUACUUGAAUCAGAGAACCAGAGCUACACUAACACUAUCAAGAAUAUUUGUCAGUUAUUGUCAUUCUCACUGAUUAAGAGAGUAUCCCUCGAUCAUUUCGAUGCAUGGAUAUUGCGACACAAUUCGAAACUUUUCUCUUGACUCUUUGGAGUGAGAUACAGUUGCAGAAUGGCAAUAGAGUUGUUAAAUGCGUACAACGGUAAAGAGAACUGAAACGUAAAGUAAGAUAAAGACCUCAUUACUAAUGCAAAACUAUAAGGUGUUAGGUCUAGAAACAUUGCCAGAGAGCGUCCAGAGCGAGGCACAAAUCGGUCGUUAUUAGCGGCCCGUAGACACGUAUCAGUGCUUAACGUCUCGCUUGGAUCCCUCAGUAACGGAUGUACGUAGAAAGUCAGGUGGCUGUAUUUUUCAUUGUGACGACAGAUAUAAUCGUAGAUCAGUUUAUUUUUCUGAAAUGAAAAUGUGGACAAUAAAAGAAGUGUGCAACGAUAUGUGUAUAACACCUGCUCACGAGGCAGUUCGCGCUUCAUAAGUUUACUGGAUUAUUCGUAGGUGCGAAAUGUGUUCUGUACUUUGUCGAAUGAAUGUUUCAUUUUCAAAUCAUUCGGGUUUAUGCUUGCUGAAUUGUGCACUCUUUCCUUUUUGUAGAAACUUGUAAUCCUUUACUUUCCUACUAUGUGGCUUGACAACAGUACACACACACACAUGUUUACUCCCCAAACACAUACAGGACAAUUUUUCGUUUAUUUCUCAGAAAAGAUGUUAAAUUAAUAAUCAACCUACAUUUCAGAAUCAAAGCUGACAGGUGGGUAGCAUUGAAAGUGGUCCUCAUUUUAUUGGUUGCUUGUGUUAUUGAUGAUAAUAAGGAUGGGGAACUCUUUCCCUCCUGAGAGAGGUAUUUAACGAUGAAGAUGUCAUCUUCUUCCAAAGAUUUGAUUCCGCAUUCAAAGUGUUUGGAGUUAUUUUUACGUUUAGCGUAACAUAAAUUAGUACGGUAAAGCUGCGACGUUCUUACAUUCUGUAGAAACAUUCUACGCACUAUGGUGCAAGCGUGCAGCUAAUAACAUGAAAACGUCAGUUCCAGAAAAGGAAGUCCACCUCUUCUCUGUAUCAGAGCUUAGCUCUAGCAGUACUUACACUCUGUUCGGUGUUCAAAUCUUUUAGCAAUGAUUCUCUGCGAGUUACCCUGCAUAUCAUUUCCCGCUAGUGAAUUCAGUGGUCUGUCAGCCUUGAGUCAGAUGAAAGUAAGUUGAUAUUCGUCGUGGUUCUUUUAUUCGCUUAUGUAGCUCCUUCUGUACAUUUCAUGCAUAAGAAAUAUUUGGUUUCACCAUUAUAUAGUUUCUUCAUCUUGUACCGUAGUUACCGUGAAUAUAAAAUAAACAAUUUUCGUAUAAAAACUUAGAAA